AUGGGUAUAAUGCGUAAUCGACUUCGGCCAAGAGCUCAUGUUACCAAUGCAUGUACAAAUUGCAAGCAUAGAAGAAAAAAAUGUUCUGGAACAUUUCCUUGCUCAAAUUGUAAAAAGAGGAAGCUUGAAUGUGUUUUUAUUAAGUCUAAUGAAAGACGUGGCCGUAAACCAAGACCAAGAGCUUCUUCUAGUAAUAAAGAUGAAUUGAAUUAUUUAAAUCGUGAUCUGUCAACGUUAUCUUCGUUAUCUACACUUAUCACCCCACAAGCUUCUACAAACGCCUCGUGGGAUGGACUCCAAACCGAUAUAACUAAUACUACAACUUAUGAUGAGCUAUCUCAUUCUGGAUUUCCAAUUGUACCAUUAACCGAGCCAAAUCAAGCAAUUCCAGCAAAUAACGAUUAUUCUAUAUCAUUUACUCCUAUUUCUUUUACUUUAGAUCAAGCUGUUUCAACAAAUAAUAUUAGUUAUUAUUCUACAUCAAAUCAGAUCAUUUCAUUAAACGAUGUACAUGUGACUAACGAAUUAUUUCAUGAAUACCAGUUUCACGAUUUUUUACUUCCCGAAACCUGUGAACAUGAUAUCACAAAUGAUCCUAUAUCUUCAAUUUCACAAAUUGAUUCUUUACAUCUAGAAACUUGUAAUCACAACUUUAUGAAUGGUUCUGUCUCUAUUUACGAGACCGAUACGAUUUAUUCGCAACAACCAACUUUACAACCUGAUCCUUUGCAGUUAGAUUCUUUUACGAAUGAUCCUUGUGGAUUAAAUUCAUUAACUUUACAAUCCGAAUUAUUAGAACAAACUCAUACACAUAUGUGA